UAACAUUAUAAAAUGGCAACUGAAAAUUAUUUACACUAUCAAAUGUUUCUUGUAAACGCAAAAGCUGUGAUCUCAUUGAAAAUAUGCGAAAAAAAGUCGUUGAGAAAUUUCAGGAAGACAUUGAAAAAUUACAACACAAUACCUCUACACAGUUUUCCAAGUAAAUACCAUUAUUUACGAUAUAUAUUUUGAACUGUUAUUUUAGCUUAUUACACGGCUAGUUUUGAGCCUCCUUUUUUUGCGAAAACAACGAUCUUUAUAGUUUCAUAUCUAUAUUCCUUGAAAAAUGAAUACUUCUACUGAUUUCUUAAAUGCAUUCCGAAAAGAUCAAAAAUUUCGGCCUUUAUGCGCCAAAGUAUAGUCCUACCAUCAUUUAAGAUUUAAGUUAUGUAUCUGAAACUGGCAUUUUAGCUUGUUAUACGGCUAGUUUUUAACCUUUUUCUUUGAAAAAACCAACGAUGUUUAGCAGUUUCAAAUCUAUUCUCCUUAAUACUAUACAGUGUAUGUUAUACUCUUAUAAUUUAGAGCAUCUUUUUUUGCAAAAAGCCAAAAGAAUCAGCGUAUAAAACAGAAUUCUAUUCUAGAGUAUUACCACCAAAAAUGCAACUUUGAAAAAAUAUUUUUUUGUAAAAGUUUCAUCCUAAUCAAUCACUUUAAAAUAAGAAAUGAUAUAUUUGCAAUAUGCGCUAAAGUAUAGUAUUACCUUCUUUUGACUUUUAACUGCUAGAAUUUGUCAAACCAAAAUGGAAGAAUUUUUUGAAAUUGAACUGCAGCACAUAGAUAAAGCCUUUAAAACACACUUUCUACUGGAGCGACAUAUUCAGCUGGUAGAAGACGAUGCUGCCUUAUCCCAAUUUGCGGAAGAUGGAUAUAACUUUCCGAAUUUGGGGCUUUUGGAGGCAAAAACGAAAUUAAUUUGGAAUGAAAGGCGAUGACCGUAGUGGACUUCUCCCAUCCCGAGACGCAAGCGGUAGCGGCAGUUGCUGUGGUCGGUGUGUUGACCGCUAUUGCCCUAUUGAAACUGUACGCGUACCUCAGUUGCGGCUAUUUCCACGAAAGGGUCAAGAUGGAGGGCAAGACGGUGGUCAUCACUGGAGCCAAUGGGGGUAUCGGCAAAGAGACGGCUAGGGAGAUUGCCAAGAGGGGCGCAAGGGUCGUCAUGGGGUGCAGGAACAUGGUCAGCGGGAAAAAGGCUAGAGACGAAAUAGCAGAAAGCACGAACAACCAAAACAUAAUAGUGAAAAAACUAGACUUGUCAUCGCAAAAAUCUAUCAGAGAAUUCGCAGAGGAUGUCCUAAAAACUGAACCAAGAUUGGAUGUACUGAUUCACAAUGCUGGUACAGCAGAGAGCAAGUUUCAACUUACAGAAGAUGGCAUUGAGCUUACAAUGGCAACCAAUCACUUCGGGCCCUAUUUGCUCACACAUUUGUUGAUUGAUCUUCUAAAACGUUCCAAGCCCUCCAGGAUAGUAAUCGUCGCCUCAGAACUGUACCGCUUCGCAAGUUUAGACCCAACCAAAAUCAAUCCACAGUCCUCAUGGUUUCCACCGUACCUCUACUAUGUUUCUAAGUACGCCAACAUCUGCUUCACUGCAGAGCUUGCCAGGAGAUUGGAAGGAACUGGAGUUACAGCCAACUGUCUGCAUCCAGGAAUGAUAGACUCUGGAAUUUGGAGGAAUGUUCCUGCACCUUUUAGUUGGUUGGUGCAAAUGGUAGUUAAAGUACACUAUAGGUGGCGAACUGUCUACAUACUUCAUUCAGUAAUUCCACGUAACAAGCAACGAUGACUGAGGAGGAGAGAGUCAAAUAAAGCCCGGCAAAAGAUGAAUUCUACCCACUCCAAGAACCCUCACAGAUCUUUCGAAUCUAUUGCGUAGCGAUUAACAACAAUUACACAAGUCAAAGUAGGCAGAGAGCAUGCAAAAGAGAAUUUUCAGGUUUCUUCAAGACUCCAAGGCAAGGUUGCCAGACUUCAGUGUACCUUGCGUGCUCAGAGGAUGUACAAAACGUAACUGGCAAAUACUUCAUGGACUGUGCGGAAGCUUCACUUAGUAGCUCAGCUAAAGAUGAGUCAAAGGCCAAGAAACUGUGGGAGGAGACCGAGAAGUAUAUCAAGUUUAGACCUGAAGACCCCAAGAUAUGAACUGUCGUCAUGUUUAGUGACCACCAAAGUCUAGGGUGUUUUUACCACAAUAUCGUCGAUUUUUAAAACGGUCCCAAUGAAAAUUGUUCACUGAAGCUCCUAUUUCAAAUUAGUUUCAACAAAGUGCAAAAUCUAUACUGAUGCUCCAGGUUCAUAUAAACCAGGUAGGAUCUUCGAAUCUCAUCGGAAAAAUAUACUGAUUCAGAUUUUUUGCAUGAACUUUUUAAUGAAUCCGCAUGUUCUUUGGUCCUUUGCGCCAAGGAACGUUUUGGGGCAUUUUGUUUAAACUGAUUUCAAAAAUUGGUAUGUCAAAGUGUUGAUAGGAAAUUCAGAACAAAAAAUGAUACUUAAUACUUAAAGAAUAUUUAGGAAGUUCGGCAACAUUGAAGUUUUCGUUUUUCAUGUUAUUCAGAGUCAAAAUGGCAUAUUUUGCAAUUUUUCAGCGGUUAUGUCACCAACUAAUAAUUUUAGAAAAAUUUAUGAUGCACCUUUUCAUUUGAUAAUGUUCUAAAAAACCUAAAAACACUUUUAGUGAAGCGAAAAAUACAAAAAAAGAUUUUUGAAGUUUUUACGCAAAUUUGUGUCUGGCAACUUGUAGAUUCAUUGAAAAGGGCGCUUUUAAAUACAAUUAUGCAAAAAAUCCAAAUCAGAAUAUUUUUCUCAUUGGAUGCGAAGAUACUGCAUGGUGUAAUAGGAGGUUUUUCUAAAUUACAUUUUCAAUACUCUUUAAUUUAUUCUUUGACAACUAGCUUAUAUAUGUCUUUGUUUUGUUUACCUAGAAUGUUCGAUCGUCCUUUUUUAUUAGCAGAGAAUAUAUAGAUCUUUGUAUUUAUGUUUUUUACAUCUACACAUACUUUACUUUCUGAAACAAUAAAUAAAACAGUAUAAACAGA